AUGGGAUUUUAUGCUAGAUGGUAUGUGCAACUGGUUAUAUGUUUUAUGAGAAAAGUUUCUAGUUCUUUGUUCCGUAUGGCUAUGGAUAGCAAAAUGUGUAUUAUUUUUAACACACUGUUUGGCCUUAGCACAAGUUUUUCGAUGGCGGUUACUACCCGAUUUUUUCUUGGAUGUUUAAAUGGUUUGCUAGGACCAAUGAAGGCUUAUAGUACCGAAAUAUUUAGAGAAGAAAAGCAAGGUCUUGGACUCUCAACGCUCAGUGCAGCUUGGGGUAUAGGCUUAGUAAUUGGACCAGCAUUGGGAGGUUAUUUGGCUCAGCCAGCAGUGAAAUACCCUCAUCUAUUUCCAAAAGACUCAUUUUGGGAUAAGUUUCCAUAUUUCUUGCCUUCCUUGUCAGUAUCAGCUUUUGCAUUUGUGGUAGCAAUUGCAUGCAUCUGGCUUCCGGAAACACUUCACAACCACCCUCUAAGCAAUGAGUCUAUUGAUGAUGCUGAAGCUUUAGAAACUGGAAACAUAAGUAAUGACGACGACAAAAUAAUCCAAAAAGAUGAAAACCUCUUCCUGAACUGGCCAUUAAUGUCAUCUAUUAUUGUGUACAACAUUUUCUCACUUUAUAAUGUUGCUUAUCAAGAGGUUUUCUCAUUAUGGGUUGUUAGUCCUGGAAGGUUUGGUGGUUUGAACUUUACAACUGAUAAUGUAGGCGAUGUUCUCACAAUAUCAGGUAUUGGUCUUAUUGUCUCCCAGCUUUUCCUCUACCCUUCAUUGGAAAGAGCUUUCGGACCUAUAAAAUUUGCUCGCAUCUCCGCAGUUUUAUCAAUACCUCUGUUGCAAAGUUACCCCUUCAUAGCAAUGCUUUCUGGCAUUACGCUAUACCUAGUUAUUAAUAUUGCUUCUCUUCUGAAGAAUGUUCUAAGUAUGACAAUAAUCACUGGUUUAUUUAUUAUGCAAAAUAGAGCCGUGGAACAACAUCAAAGAGGGGCAGCUAAUGGCAUUGCUAUGACUAUAAUGUCAAUAUUCAAAGCAAUCGGUCCAGCGGGAGGUGGUGCAGUGUGA